AUGGAGUCAGAAAAACGAAAGAUCGAUGAUCACAAAGAUAAUCCAGGUCCUCUGAAGAAGAGAGUCCUUGGUCCUUCAUUACCUCCCGCUGCGCAACCCUCCGAUUCUAAAACCUCCUCCGCAGAAGACAGCGAUUCAGACAGUGAUGAUGAUUUCGGACCCAGUCUACCUCCGCCAAACGGUGUUGCUGUUAAGAACGAGCAACCUUUACAACCCUCGACCAAUUCCACCGUACCAAAGAGCGAACAGGCUGAGACCCAGCGAGAUCAAUGGAUGCUGAAUCCGCCUGAGCAAAGUGACUGGGCCAAUAAAAUUGAUCCUACACAAUUACGCAAUCGCAAAUUUCAGACUGGGAAAUCUGCACGGACAACGACUUCCAAGAAUGUCGAUUCAUCAUGGACUGAGACCCCCGAAGAGAGAAUGCGACGAAUCGGGGACCAGGUCAUGGGGAUAGGAAACCCUUCUAAUAAUUCGAAUCCGCCUUCUCAGUCCCGCAGCAGUCAAGCUCAAGCUCAGGCUCAAUCCAUGGGGGAGAAAAUCAAAAAAUUUAACGAUCGCACUGGAAAAGCAAGUCGUUUGGAAAAGCCACAAGCCGAGCGCGAGGAAGCAGAAGAUGAUCCAUCGGCUCGUGCCUUUGACCGAGAAAAGGAUAUGGGCCUUGCAUCUAAGAUUUCUAGUUCUCAGCGUCGAGAUAUGGUGAACCGUGCUAGUGGCUAUAGUUCCCGCUUCACAAAGGGUGAUUUCCUUUGA